AUGCAAGAAAAGUCUAGGUUGUCGAGGACCUUGGCGCAUAGAAAACGAGCCUUCCAGGAGGUUUCGGACGCAAAUGAAGCCCCGAACACUCCGUCUGUGUCGGACAGCGACUCGAUCAAUGUUCGACUUGCAACACCAACAAAAAAGCCGAACCGGAGGAAGAAUGGACAUGAUAAUAUGGCAUUCAUUGUGGGUCUGGACUUCGGAACAACCAUGACAUCAGUGUCAUACUGCCGUUUCAACGCAGACAAGCGCCCGGCAAAGGUUCCUCGGGACAAAAUAAAGGACAUCACUGAUUGGCCGUCUGCUGGUCGCGACCAGCAGAGAGGAGAGGUUCCGAGUGAGAGCUUGUACCUUGACGAUCAAUAUUACUGGGGGUAUCAAGCCCGCCAGAAACUGGAGCAGUUCCAUUACAGCGGAGGAGCAUCAGAUACGACCAACAAGCUGAUAAGAUUCACGAAGCUUUUGCUUCCCGAAUCUGACUUGAUGGAGGAAGAAAAUGAAAGCUGGCAACUUCGAGAAGUGAGGGAAACAUUGAGGUAUUUGGAUAAAACGGUCCCCGAUGCUGUACAAGAUUACUUGAUUGGCGUUUUUCGGUUUGCAAAGGACUAUCUUAAGGACCAGGAGAACUUCACUGAAUCGAAUGAGGUUGAGAUUUCUCUGUCUGUCCCUGCAGGAUGGCCUAUCGAGGCUUCGUGGUCAUUGCAACAUAUCGUUCGUGAGGUUACCACAGAAGUCAAAUUUGGUCAAGUAUCGAGUUUGUUUAUAAUAAACGAACCUGAGGCCGCAUCUGCAUUUGCCUUGGACAUUGUUGGAGAGGGGGGAACAUUCAUGGUCUGCGAUGCCGGGGGUGGCACAGUAGAUGUGACGACCUACACAGUAGAACAUAAAAGUCCAUUCCGGCUGAAAGAAGCAGUCACACCAUGCGGUAACAAUAAUGGUUCAACGUGUGUCAAUCGGGAGAUGGAAACCGACCUGCUGGAGCUGCUGAGAGAAGAGCCAUGCUUUUCUCAGAACAAAACAUCAAUUGAGCAUCAGCUUUCUCAUAAUUUGUUUCGCAAAUUUGAGAAUGAGCUGAAGCGUAAUUUCGAUUCUGGGGAGGGUUUGGCGGGAUCCGCCUACUUGGACUUGCAUGGAUUGGAAGAAAAUACUUCUAAAGGGUUUGGAAAGGGAAUGAUCACUGUUACGAGGGAGCGGGUCAUGGGAUGGUUCCAACCAAGCCUCGAAGGUAUCGCCAGACUCAUCCAGAGGCAGCUUGAUGCCUGCAAUGAAAUUCAUGUGAGGGUACAGAAGAUUAUUCUCUUCGGUGGUUACUCUCAGUCGAAGACUCUUCAGCAUUUCUUGAAACAAAAAUUUUCACAUCCCAAGAUAGUAUGCCCGAAGGUUGGUGCUUUUGAAACGACUGUGUCGCGAGGGACAGUACACCGUGCUGUCGAUAAGAGCAAGGGGCCAUUGCGCAUAACGAUUGCAAGUAUCGGCAUACUUCAAAGCGAGCCAUUUAAUCCCAAGAAGUUCCCAUCCCAUCGACAGGUUGAUCACGGCAGACAUCUUAACAAGAAAUAUUAUAUCUACGGGACUGCACAGUGGAUUAUUAAAAAGAGGCAACUGGCGGACUGGAAUGAGUCGGUCCGAGAGCUUAACCACCGAGUCAUUCCAGUAGGUGAACCUUGGGUGAUCAAGCAGGCCAUCUAUUACAAUGCAUUGAUCGAUGAUCCCCAAGAACACUACCCGGUGGACCACCCAAACAAUGCAGGUUCCCGGUGGGCAGGCACGGUUAACUUUGACAUUACCAAAGCGAAAGAACAAUACCCAUUAAAGGUAAAGGGUACGGGGCGUGGAUAUUAUGAGAUUCAUUAUGAACUUUUGGUGGAACUUCAGGGUCGAAAUCUGAAGGUUUCUGUGGUUUACCCUCCCGGAGGGGAGGUUCAGGGCUGCAAGGAAAUUUCUGUUGCGGCCUGCUUUGCUCCGGGUACGGAGUGA